AAAAGGUAAAACAAAAACAACAUGAAAAUUGGAAACCAAACUGUCAUCUCAGAGUUCCUCCUCCUGGGCCUGCCCAUUGAACCAGAUCAGCGAGACCUGUUCUAUGCUCUGUUCCUGGCCAUGUAUCUUACCACCAUCCUUGGGAACCUCCUCAUCAUUGUCCUCAUUCGACUGGACUCUCACCUCCACACGCCCAUGUAUUUGUUUCUCAGCAAUUUGUCUUUCUCUGACCUCUGCUUUUCCUCUGUCACAAUGCCCAAAUUGCUGCAGAACAUGCAGAGUGAAGUCCCAUCCAUCCCGUAUGCAGGAUGCCUGACCCAAAUGUACUUCUUCCUGCUUUUUGCAGACCUAGAGAGCUUCCUCCUUGUGGCCAUGGCCUAUGACCGCUAUGUGGCCAUCUGCUUCCCCCUGCACUACACCACCAUCAUGAGCCCCAAGCUCUGUCUGUCCCUGGUGGUGCUGUCCUGGGUGCUGACCAUAUUCAUCUCUUUGUUGCACACCUUGCUGAUGGCUCAACUGUCUUUCUGUGCUGAUAAUGUGAUCCCCCACUUUUUCUGUGACAUGUCAGCUCUGCUAAAGUUGGCCUGCUCUGACAUUCAGAUAAAUGAAAUGGUGAUUUUUAUCUUGGGUGGGCUUGUCAUUAUUGUUCCAUUUCUGUUGAUCUUUUUAUCCUAUGCUCGAAUAGUGUCCUCCAUCCUCAAGGUCCCUUCUGCCAGGGGUAUCCGCAAGGCCUUCUCCACCUGUGGCUCCCACCUCUCUGUGGUGUCUCUCUUUUAUGGGACAAUCAUUGGCCUCUACUUGUGCCCUUCAGCUAACAAUUCUACUGUUAAGGAGACUAUCAUGGCUGUGAUGUACACUGUGGUGACCCCCAUGCUGAACCCCUUUAUUUACAGUCUGAGGAAUCAAGACAUAAAGGGAGCCCUGGGAAGAGCCUUUUCAAAGCAGACAAUUCACUUUUCUCUGGGACAGUGA